UGUGUGUGAGUGAUUUAAACCAAACCAAACAAAAACAAACAAACCGCACCAGAAAAAGAAAGCCACGCUUCUCUGUCACUUGCUUCCCUUAUUUCAUUCCCCUUCUCUCUCUCUCUCUCUCUUUCUUUCUCUCUUCUUAUUUUUGCCACACAUCAUCAUCAUUCUCUUUCUCUCUAUUAGAUCGUCUUCUUCUUCUCCCUCUCUUGCUCAAUUAAAAAAAAAAAAAAAAAGAGAGAGUCUUCCCGAAUUUUAUCAGAACCUUCAAAACAAAAAAGCUUAAGUUUUUACGCAUCAUCGAUUCGUUUCAUCCAAAGGGUUUUUGAUUUCUUCUACGUUUGUGAGAAGAGGAACGGUUAUUGGAUACACUUAAAAACUGAAGUUUUAAUAGUGGAAGAACCAAAGAUGCCGUGGACAGCCUUCUUCAUGUUUUUCAACAGGACUUGCACUCGUCUGGUUGUCUUUUUCCUCGUUAUUCUGUAAAUUUGUUCCUGUCAGGUGUUGUUUCCGUAAUCCGGAAUAGCUCUUUGUUGUUGUGCUUAUUUUACUGGUUAGUGUGAGAAUGUGCAUUGUUGUAAACAAGAAGGGAAACCGAUCAUUGAAGGAAAUAGGAACUUUUAUGAUGACUACAUGUUUCAUUGCUAAUUACCAAUCCGUUCAAGUUUGCCAGGCUGAAUAUUUCAGACAGUUGCUUAAGCCUGUAACGUAGUCUGUCGUUUGGAGUUUUCGAGAAUUUGUUUUUUUUGGGCGGCUAUCUACUUUUGAUUUCGAAAGAAUUAUUGUGAGGUAUUACAGAGUCUGGUUUUCUGAAGAGCUGUCUGUGGGGGGAGCUUCUGGUUUGUUGGGGAGUAAGGGCACUGGUGGAAAAUUCGUGAGAUCUUUAGUAUGAUGGCCAUAACUUGAUCUAGCAUUUGUGUUCGACUGUCAACUUAGUUUAGUAGUAACUGAGCAGCUGGAAGCUUACAAAGGCGAAUCAAUCCCUAGUAGAAAUUUUGAAGCAGCUUGCAAGUUUGAGGUGUACAACUUGUUUUUUUUCUCUUUUGUGUGUUUCACAUUUUACCUUUGCACGGGGUUUUCUGAUGCAGAACAACAAUCAGUAUCCUCACUUCUCAGAUGAAGUGGGUGACAGAAACAUGCACCACAACCCUUAUGCAUCAGGGUCAUCCUUUGAUGCUUUGUUCCCACCAUGCGCAAAGUUGCCAUACCAUGGUGUUGAACUCCAACCGUCUGAGGUCUGUCCAAAGAAUUUUGUCAUCUUCGAUCAAACAUACGACCACAGCCAAGUGAUGUACCAUCCUGAGCUGACUCAUAAGCUCAUGAACAACCCAUCAUUGAACGCAUUAGCUUCGACGUUUCAGAACGAGUAUGGAGCUUCGACAUAUCAGAACGAGUAUGCUGGGGGAAGUUAUUAUGGUAACUACGACCAAGAAGUUUCCUCUUCUCAUCAAGAGGAUCCGAAUGAGAUUGAUGCACUCUUGAGUGCAGAUGAAGAUUACGAAGAGGAUGACAAUGAAGGUCAUGAGGAAGGUGAUUCAGAAGAGGUCAGCACUGCUCGUAAUUCUUACAGGGAUUAUGGAAACAGCUCAGCUGAAUCUUGUUGUUCCAGCUAUGGUUAUAACAACAACAACAACAGCAACAGCAACAACAACUCAAGGAAGCAGAGUUUAUCAGGCAGUGCUAGUAGUAACAAUGAUGGGAAAGGACGGAGAAAAAUGAAGAAAAUGAUGGGAGUGUUGAGGAGAAUUGUUCCGGGAGGAGAACAGAUGAAUACAGCUUCCGUUCUUGAUGAAGCUGUUCAGUACCUCAAGUCACUUAAAUUCGAAGCUCAGAAACUUGGCGUUGGACAUUACUCGAACCAAUCUUGAAUGCUUCCGAUAUCUGUUUCUUCCAUUGCAUAUUGUUUCUUGGGAGGUUAAUAAGGUCCAGCGCUAUCUGGACCUCUCUCUCUUUAUUCCUCCCACUCUCUCCUCUCUUCCUCUUGCAGGAUGGGAUCUACUACCUAACGUUGAAUCUCUCUCUAUUUCUCUCUAUGUAUUUUGCGUUUUGUGUUUGGUAUUGCUUCGAUGGGUUUGCACAAGUACUUAGCGGAUUUGUUUUGAGCUUUUGAUUUUGUAUUGUUUUAACUUUUCAAUGUACUCAUUUACGACAAUGAACAAUUAGGGUUAGUGAUUUGCUUAGUAUAAUAGUAUGUGACCAACUGUGUUA